UAAAUUAUUUACAUUUUUUUCAUUUAUCGUCGCUACGAGUAUGGAACGGAAAUGCAAUAAUUCCAUCUGUAACUAUGAAGCUGUUUGCAUGCUGGACAACAAUGGUAACCCACAAUGCCAGUGCGUUGAACAAUUCUUCGAAGAUGAAUUCUGUUCAAAAUUAAAAGACCACUGCUCCUCAAAUCCAUGUCAAAAUGGCGGAACAUGUCAAUCUUAUGCGGGACAUUAUAAUUGUGAAUGCCCAUCAGGUUUUUUCGGCCAAAUGUGCACUAGCCAACAAAAUGCUUUCAAAGGUUUUCAUUUGCACUACAAUCACAUUGCACCAAUCGGUAUCAAACAGUCAUUAAUGUUAAUUGUGCAAAACUUGGGAACGGUUGAGACUCUUUUGGAACUGUACACUUUGGACUGUUUCAUCGAUGGAGUCACAUUCACUUCAACAAGUGGACACUUCAUAAAAUCCAAUAACUUGAAAUCCCUUGGCAAGAGAUUGGGAAUAAAACAUAGUGACAACCUUCCAUACAAUGUUGGAUUCUAUAGAAUAACUAAAGCCUCGUUUUGGAAGCCCGGAAUCAAUCAUAUGUCUUUGGAUUUCAGUGAUUUUGGUGAAUCGGAAGAGAAUUUCUUUCGAGGGGAAUUCGGUAUUUUAGUCUAUGAUCCAACAGGAAAGAAUUGUUUACCUGCAAUUCAUCUUCCUCACUGCUUGAACCCUCGCAAGCCUCUGCAUAUGGACAUUCAAGCAUUUAACUUUAUCGAACCUAUCGUGGAUUCCAAAUGCCAGCUGGACUCUCAUAUAAGGAUUUCAUGGACUGUCAAGAACUACAUCAAUACAGUUGUCCUUCAUAAGUUUCCCAAACAAUCAAGAACAGACCUUACAAUUCCGCCAUUUACUAUGUGGUUUAAUUAUAGAGAUGACUUUAUUCAAUCGUAUCUAAUUGAAGGAGAUGUCCUUGAGAUUGAUGGUAGCAACAAUCACAUCAGCAAAACUAUUCUUCGGUGUUAUGUCUUUGUGGACUCUAAGCCAACAGGAGCAUUCAUCUUGGGAGGACCAUACAGGGAUGCAAACUAUAAGAAGCAAUUUGUUUUAGAUGGAUCAGCUUCAAGGGAUUAUGCAAGACCUCCGAAUGGGAAUCAGAGGCUACAAUAUUUUUGGUCUUGUACUUCUGAUGAUGAUAGUGAAAAUCAUUAUUGUAGACUUAAUAUGGGAAGUGGACCCCGCCUUGUCAUACCUGCAAAAAGCCUUCAACUUAGCAAAACCUACAAAUUCAGUCUUCUCGUACGAUCUUCAAUCAAUAUUUACAGUUCACAUCGAACUAAUCAAACAGUAAAAGCAGUUUCUCAUGAUUCGUUGUUCAUACACUUUAUCUGUCUUCGAAAUUGUCAACAUGGAAAGUUUUCCGCUGGAAAAUUGAUUCACUUAAAGCUUGAAUGUAUUAAAUGUCCACCGGGGGAAAUUACUUAUUCAGUAUUUAAUGAGAUCGGCACUAAGAUAGCCAAUGAUCGACAAGUGAUUUUAGUUGAAGAAUCUAAAGAAGAAAUCUCCCUGAAAGCUGAAGCUAUCUUGGGUUCUAUGAAAGGAGAAACUUCCAUCAACCUGAUAUUAAACCAACCACCUAGCCAAGGAACAUGUUCCAUUAAACCUCUUUCUGGAAUUGAGUAUGAAACUGUCUUUGAAAUUUCUUGUUUGGGCUAUGUGGAUGAAGACAAACCAAUAGACUACAAGUUCUCGGCGGGAAAUAAUACCCUAGAUCACAGUGGCGAUGAAACUUUUACCACACGAUUAUUCCGAACAUCAGAAGAAACUUGUGCAGUUAAAAUAAAAAUUUGUGAUGAUAUCGGAGCUUGUACCGAAGUUCAGCUUCAAGUUUCUCUCAAACCGAUUACCAAUGCCGUAGGAUCAUGGCUAACAUUUCUUUCGCAAAACGAGACGAAUUUGAAGGCUAUAAUUGCAAGCGGAGACAAGACUACCGCCUUCAUACUGAUAGAAACUGUAAUUCAACAUAUGACACCUUCUGAAUACCAAGAAGAAUUUUUAAAACACAUUGUUAAAUGUUUUCGGGAAGUGGAAGCAGAUAGAUUGCUUGUUGUCGAACAAUUCUUAGCUCUUGGAAAUAAUCUUUUCGGUGUCAUGAAUGCAACCAGUGAAUCAGCCGUUCUAAUCUCAGAAUUGUUUCUUAAAGUCAGUAAGGGUUUAUUGCACUCAAUAAAAAACUUAGAAGUGUUGGAACUUCAGGUUGAAACUCAUGAAGUGAUGAUGAACAAUAUUGCUGAAUCUUUGGGUACGACAGCAAUAGAGGUCGAAGAAUUUCCUGUGGUUCAUAAUGCAGAACCCAUUCCACCGGAAGAUCCAUUCAAAGAAAACUAUACGGACUACGGUGAACUUGACAUUCAAGAUGUAAUCCACAUUUCAAAUUGGUUACAGGCUUUCAAACGCAUGCACCGAUGUCUUCAAGUAAUGGGAGUAGUAUCAGCUUUCGUACAACUGCCAGGGGAGAUUCCUUUGGUCAUAAAGAGAAAAGGUUUUAUGAGUAUGUCUGUCAAACUUGAUAUCGGGAUGAAUGUGCCUCUAUCUUGGAAUGAAUCUAAGACUGUCUUCGAACUGCCCAAAGAGUUUUUAAAGAGUCUCGAUAGAAAUGAAGUCAUUAUACAAUCUACAAUUUUUCAAUCGAAUCCACUUUGGUGGUAUCCGGAUCAGCAUCCAAUCAACUCCGAAGUUCUUUCAAUCGGGGCUUACUCCAAGAAUUUGGGUUCAUUGAACUCGAGAACAGUUAGAAGUAAUUUUAGUUUCUAUAUGGAACUCAAAAGUUCUACAGAAGAAAUACUAACUCAUGGAAUUGUUCAAAAUGAUCUGGAAAUGUUAGUAUAUGAAAGGUUACUUCCUGAGAAUUCAGUUUUAUUAGUCACAUUUUUGCCUCUGGACAAUGAUAUACGGGUACUUCUUCUGAUGGGACAGAGGCCACGAAGUUUUAUUCUUAAAGAUGCUACGGUCGUUCCGGCCUCGACCGAAAAUACCACUUUAUACCUCAUUAACGAUAAAAUCAUGAAACGAAAAGCCUUUCUAGGCAUUUCGUCAAGUUUCAGAGUCGAAUUUUCAUUCACAUUGACCAUAAAAAUGUGUACAACCUGGGACCAGUCAGCCCUGGAAUGGACUUCGAAGUAUUGUUUAGUGGGAAAUCAGACCAAUGCAACGCACAUUCAUUGCUCAUGUUGGCAUUUGUCAAUGUUUGGGGCAAAAGUAUAUCCCUCUUUUGGACAUUUUCGAACGUCCGAGAAAUUUGUUGAUCAUCUUGCUAUCAACUUUGGAAUGGUUACAAUACUCAGUUUAAUCAUUCUUUUAAUAUUUUUGUUUUUGUGGAUUGCUUGGAGAAGAGACGUACAAGCUUCUGAAAAUAUAGUGUUUAUAGAUUACAUCCAUGCUGAUGACAUACAGGCCUCCCAUGAAUAUUUAGUCACAAUUUACACAAAUGGACAAACGCAUGCUGGUACAAGUUCAAAUGUUACGAUCAGGCUACAUGGAUCUUUAUCGAAAAGCCCAAGUUUGACAGUUUACUCAAGACCGAUGAAAUCAAUUUUUCAACGCAAUUCCAAGGCUUCAUUUAGAGUAUUUUUGCUCAAAGAUUUAGGAGUAAUUAAGUCAGUGUCACUUCAUCAUGAUGGUUUUGGUAGAUAUCCAAAGUGGAAUUGUAAAAUGGUGACGGUUAGAGAUAAAGUGAAAAAAAAUCAAUACACUUUUUUGGUAGAUAGAUGGAUUUAUGCCGAUUCCGAACCAAUAUUAAUACCUCGAGCCAGAAAAGAAGAACUAGAAUCAAGAAGUAUGAUUUUCAAAUUUUUUUUAGAAACCAUGUUUGCGAAUUUUUACGCAGAACAAUCUUUUUCUUUUACAAAACUCUACGGACAAUUCACUGCUAUAGAAAGAGCAAGCGUCUUUAUUCUUAAGACUUGUAUAUCGAUUAUGGGAACUUUGAUAUUCUUUGGGCCUACAACUAUUUUUACGUAUGAAAUGGAACGUGAAAUUUAUUACUCGAUGUUGCUGGAUAUUCAAAAACUUUUCUUUAUUUCUUGUGUUUGUCAUAUAAUUGGAGUGGCAGUUGGUGAAGUUUUAUAUUACUUUAUUUUGAAGAUUAAAAACAAUAUCGGUUUCUUCCACUUCCAGAGCAACGGAGUUCUGUGA